AAUUGCUAUAAAAGCCGGAAACCAUUAUAGCUUCAAUAACUUCUGCUUUUACUCUCCAGCAAAUAACACAAAAUAAAAGCAAAAUGGAUUUCUAUUACGCGCCCCGUGGAAGUGGAUGCCGCACUGUGAUCAUGGUUACCAAGGCUCUGGGAUUGGAAUUAAAUAAGAAGCUAGUGAAUACCACGGAACGCGAACAUUUGAAGCCUGAGUUCUUGGAGCUCAAUCCUCAGCACACUAUUCCAACAUUGGUGGACAACGGAUUCUCUAUCUGGGAAUCCCGCGCCAUCGCUGUCUACCUUGUGGAGAAGUACGGCAAGGAUGACUCCCUCUUCCCCAAGGAUCCCAAGAAGCAGGCCGUGGUAAACCAGCGCCUGAACUUCGAUUUGGGAACUCUAUACGAGAGCUUUGUCAAAUACUAUUUUCCUCUUAUCCGCACUGGAACACCCGGCUCUGAUGAGGACUUUAAGAAAGUUGAGACGUCCUUCGGGUUCCUCGACACUUUCUUGAAGGGUCAGGAAUACGUGGCUGGUGACCACCUCACCGUGGCCGACAUUUCCAUCCUGGCCACUGUCUCAACUUUUGACAUAUUUAAGUUCGACCUCAGCAAAUACUCAAAUGUGGCCAGGUGGUACGCCAAUGCCAAGAAAGUGACUCCUGGAUGGGAUGAGAACUGGAGUGGCCUUUUGGAACUAAAGGCACUUUUCGAGGCCCCUCUUCUCAACAUGGAUCUGUAUAAUAUGGCUGGUUCCCCCAGCACCCGAGCUGUUAUAAUGACAGCCAAGGCAGUGGGAGUGGAACUCAACUCGAUUAAUGUCAAUACCUUUGUGGGGGAGCAACUGAAACCGGAAUUUGUAAAGAUUAACCCCCAGCACACCAUUCCCACUUUGGUGGACAAUGGUUUUGUCGUUUGGGAGACCAGAGCAAUUGUAGUUUACCUGGUGGAACAGUACGCAAAAGAUGAUUCCUUGUACCCAAAAGAUCCCCAGAAACAAGCUUUGAUCAACCAGCGAUUGUACUUUGACAUGGGAACUCUCUACGAAGCUAUAGCCAAAUAUUUCUUCCCACUGCUGAGGACUGGCAAGCCAGGAACCCCCGAGAACUUUGAGAAACUUAAUGUGGCCUUUAAUCUGCUGAAUACCUUCCUGGAGGGACAGGACUACGUGGCUGGCAAUCAACUCUCCGUGGCUGACAUUGUUAUUUUGGCCACCGUUUCCACAACCGAAAUGGUUGACUUUGAUUUGAAAAAGUUCCCGAACGUGGAGAGGUGGUACAAGAACGCCCAGAAGAUUACUCCUGGAUGGGAUGAAAAUUUGAAAAGAAUUGAAAAUGCCAAAAAAUUCUUGGCAGAAAACUUAAUUGACAAGUUGUAA